AAGAUGUUCAGCUGGCUGGGCAACGACGACCGGAGGAGGAAAGACCCCGAGGUGUUCCAGACGGUGAGCGAGGGGCUGAAGAAACUCUACAAAACCAAGCUUCUCCCUCUGGAAGAAUACUACAAAUUCCACGAGUUUCAUUCGCCCGCCUUGGAAGAUGCGGACUUUGACAACAAGCCCAUGGUGCUCCUCGUGGGACAAUAUUCCACCGGCAAAACCACCUUCAUAAGGUACCUUCUCGAGCAAGAGUUCCCCGGCAUGAGGAUCGGUCCAGAGCCCACGACGGACUCCUUCAUUGCUGUGAUGCAGGGCGACGUGGAAGGCAUCAUUCCCGGGAACGCGCUGGUGGUGGAUCCCAAGAAGCCUUUCAGGAAGCUGAAUGCCUUCGGCAACGCCUUCUUGAACAGAUUCGUUUGUGCGCAGCUGCCAAAUCCGGUCCUGGAGAGCAUCAGCGUGAUCGACACACCGGGGAUCCUUUCCGGGGAGAAGCAGAGAAUCAGCCGAGGUUACGACUUUGCUGCCGUCCUGGAGUGGUUUGCCGAGCGGGUGGACCGCAUCAUCCUCCUCUUCGACGCCCACAAGCUGGACAUCUCGGACGAGUUCUCCGAGGUCAUCAAAGCCCUGAAGAACCACGAGGACAAGAUGAGGGUGGUGCUCAACAAGGCGGACCAGAUCGAGACCCAGCAGCUCAUGCGGGUCUACGGGGCGCUCAUGUGGUCGUUGGGGAAGAUCGUCAACACGCCCGAGGUGAUCAGGGUCUACAUCGGCUCCUUCUGGUCUCACCCGCUGCUCAUCCCUGAUAACCGCAAGCUCUUUGAGGCGGAGGAGCAGGACCUCUUCAGAGACAUCCAAAGCCUGCCCCGAAACGCAGCCCUCCGGAAACUGAAUGACCUCAUUAAGCGGGCAAGGCUAGCCAAGGUCCAUGCUUACAUCAUUAGCUCCCUUAAGAAAGAAAUGCCGUCGGUGUUUGGGAAAGAUAACAAGAAGAAAGAGCUCGUGAACAAUUUGGGCGAGAUCUACGGACGCAUCGAGCGGGAGCACCAGAUUUCACCGGGAGACUUUCCCAACCUGAAGAAGAUGCAAGAACAGCUGCAGGGCCAAGACUUCAGUAAGUUCCAGCCCUUGAAGAGCAAACUGCUGGAUGCCGUCGAGGACAUGCUUGCCAGCGACAUUGCCCAGCUGAUGGUGCUGGUGCGCCAGGAGGAGUCUCAGCGCCCCGUGCAGAUGGUGAAAGGGGGCGCCUUCGAGGGCACCCUGCACGGCCCCUUUGGCCACGGCUACGGCGAGGGCGCCGGGGAAGGGAUCGACGACGCCAACUGGGUGGUAGCCAGGGACAAGCCCAUGUACGACGAGAUCUUCUACACGCUUUCGCCGGUGGACGGCAAGGUAACCGGCGCCAACGCGAAGAAGGAGAUGGUGAGGUCCAAGCUGCCCAACACGGUCUUGGGCAAGAUCUGGAAACUGUCCGACAUCGACAAGGACGGGAUGCUUGACGACGACGAGUUUGCUUUGGCCAACCACCUCAUCAAAGUCAAGUUGGAAGGCCACGAGCUCCCUAACGAGCUCCCGUCUCAUCUCAUCCCUCCGUCAAAGAGGAAACUGACAGAGUGAGACGGUGGCAGGAAGGAAUUGGG